GGCUGAACUUCCAGGGGGCGGGGCUCACCCGGUCCGGUCCCGUUAAAAGGGUGGGAGCGUCCGGGGGCCCAUCUUUCUCGGGUGGAGUCUUCUAACAGCUGGUGCGCCUCUCCUGGGAACAUCCUCCUGGCCUCAAUCAUGGCUUGUGGUUUGGUCGCCAGCAACCUGAAUCUCAAACCUGGAGAGUGCCUCCGAGUGCGGGGCGAGGUGGCCCCCGACGCCAAGAGCUUCGUGCUGAACCUGGGCAAAGAUAGCAACAACCUGUGCCUGCACUUCAACCCUCGCUUCAACGCCCACGGCGACGCCAACACCAUCGUGUGCAACAGCAAGGACGGCGGGGCCUGGGGGACCGAGCAGCGGGAGGCUGCCUUUCCUUUCCAGCCUGGAAGUGUCGCAGAGGUGUGCAUCACCUUUGACCAGGCCGACCUGACCAUCAAGCUGCCAGAUGGAUACGAAUUCAAGUUCCCCAACCGCCUCAACCUGGAGGCCAUCAACUACAUGGCAGCUGAUGGUGACUUCAAGAUCAAGUGUGUGGCCUUUGACUGAAAUCAGUCAGCCCAUGGCCCCCAAUAAAGGCAGCUGCCUCUGCCCCCUGUGAAUCA